CCUCGUCUACCCACGAAACGUGGGAAAUGAAAAGAACGGAGGAGGACGUGAAGGAUUUGACUGAUGUGAAUGGAGUGAAAGAUGUGACCUGGCCGGGGUACCACCCCUUCCCUUGGAGGCUGGCACGUGCUAUUGUCUGCCCCCAUCUAUUUCAAUUUGAUUAUAUUGAAGAGCAUAUGAUGUAAUAUAUGGAAAUGUAAUCUGAUUAGAGGCUGGCUAAGCUGAGCCCCUCCCUGGAAUCGUGCUGCUCCAUGGAUUUAAAAACUCAUUAAUGUGCAAGACGUUAGUCCUCGCAUCUUUGGUAUCAUUAGACGGGCAGGCAUAAGGUGGAAAACCAGAGCUGGAUGGGUGGAGUCAGCAAGGCUGCUGGCAAAUCAAUAGUAGAGGUGUUGAAACAGCUGCCAGUAUUGGCCAAGAAACUGGAUAGCUGUUCCAAAAAAAAACUCAAAAAACAUUGAAAACGCAAAAAGGAUUUUGUGCUUGCCAGCGCACGGAAAUUCGGCAAUAGUAUCAAGUAUCACGAGCCUGGCUGCUGCGGUUGGCCUGCCAAAUAAAGCAAGAAAUAAGUUAAAACAUACGUUCUGUGCGGUCUGACUCGGUGGAAUAGAACAAAUCCUGGCCAACUGGCGGAGCAGCCCAGUCACGUCCGCACCACCACAACUACUGCUCCUCCGGCACAGUGCGGUAUGCAAAUUCAACCGAGAAGACUUCAUAAAAGCAAUGCAAAUAAUUAAAUAACAGCGCAAAGAGCAAACAGCACGCAGCAGCAUGACAUGCUACUUGAGUCGGCGAAACUUGGAUUAACUAGCUGCGCGAAAUAAAUACGAAAUACGAAAUACCAAGCACCAAGCACCAAGCACCAAACACCAAAUACGAAAUCCGAACGCUAAUCCCAAACCAAUCCCAGCUCCGUUCCGCCCAGGUGCGACAUCCGACAGUUGCCGAUGCCCUCGCCCAACGGAAUGUCCUGGCGGCAGCGGGAGCGCGGCGCGGGAGGAGCGCCCGGUGGACGAGGGGCAGGCAUCCUGGCCGGGAGCGGGAGGAGUCCGGGAACUGCCAGCAUACUGCUGGCGUUUCUGGCAGCUGUCAGCUUUCGUGGCAUGCGAGCGCCGCUGGCAGCCACGGCCACUCCGAUGGAGAAUGCCUCGCUAAUUGCCUCGCCUGCGACAAGGACAAGCACAAUGGGAUCUGCAGGAUCUCCUCUCCUGAUGCUGGGCGAUGACCAACAUCAGCUGGAGGACGACACAACCGUGGUGGAUUCGUGGAGCGACAGGCCGGACACUGCGACGCUAACAAAGGGUUUCUCGAUUCCCACGUACUUGCCGCCCUUUCCGGAAUUCAUACCAGCCGAUUUGCCGCACAUGUUGCGGAAUGCCUCCUCCGGAGCAGCUCCUCCCGCGAACAACGGCCCGUCCGGCAGUCCGAUGCCAUCUAAGCCCAACGAGCAGUCGCGUCUCCACGCCUACGACAGCGAACAAAAGGCACUGCAGCUGCGGCGCGAGAAGGAGCUGGCCAAGGAACGGGAGCUCCUGCCCCGCCGCCAGCUCAGCCUGCCCCCGCUGAACGCCACCGUCCAAGCUGGCCAACAUGCCUAUCUGCCGUGCAAGCUCAACCAGCACUCUGGAAAACCGCUCUCCUGGGUUCGGUUGCGGGAUGAACAUAUCAUUGCCGUGGAUCACACAACCUUCAUCAACGACGCCCGGUUCGCCUCGCUGCUCCAGUCUUCCACCUCGACGACACUUGUAUCCGGUGGGGCCCUGUCCACCACUGCGACGCCCGCCGCUGCCCUGGGCAACUCAUCCGCCCACGCUGUUCCUGGGGGUCAGGAGAGGGGCAACAUCAGCAGCCUCAGCUGGACCCUGCAAAUCAAGUAUGUGAAGCUGGAGGACGCCGGCUGGUACGAGUGCCAGCUGGCAACGGAGCCCAAAAUGAGCGCCAAGGUGCAGCUGUUUGUGAUAACACCCCGAACCGAGCUAAUCGGCGAUCGGCAGCGCUUUGUGAAGGCCGGCAGCAGGGUGGAGCUGCACUGCAUCGUACGUGGCACCCUGGAGGCCCCCAAGUAUAUCUUCUGGUACCGCGGCGACCAACAAGUGACUGCCGAAAACGAGGCCAGCGGCGCCCAGAGCGGAUGGUACACGCAAAUCGACCGGAAUAUCUUCGGCAGCACCGAGCACAAUCGGAACACGAUUGGUUCCCUGGUCAUUCCUCUGGUGCGCAAGAUUCACUCCGGCAACUACACGUGUGAGCCGGAAAACAGUGCGGCAGCUUCUAUGCAAUUGCACGUCCUGAGCGGGGAAUAUUCUGCCUCCGCCAUAAAGUCGACUGCUGCUGGGCCCCACAGACUGGGUCACGGGUACACCAGUCUACACCAGUGGCUAAUCUUUCUUUUGGUGGCCCUGAACAAGACAUGAUUACUCCUCGGAGUCCUGGGAGAAGUCCCACCAUGAGAGCGCUGGAAUUAUCAUAUGAUCGGGUGUUUUGUCUAAGACAUUAGUUUAAUCUCUAGGUAAAAUGCACUUUCAAGCGAUUACUUGUUUAUUCUGCUGAUACUUCUUAAAGUUUAGGCCGAACUUUCCGAACAAAACCAAAAACUUUUUUAUACAAAUUCUAGACAUAACAAUGUUUUCUUUACUCUAGUAAUAGGCCUAGUUCACUAAGUAUUAAAAUAAGCCACUAACUCUGAGUAACAACCGAUUAUUUGUUAUUUGCGUAAACAAAGCCAAAGGCGUAUUGUUUUCAAAAGAUUGCAGAUUUUAUUUCUUCGUAGGAAUUCCUAAAAUUUAUUUAUCAACAUAUUUAUUAAGAAACUCUGUUUGUCAUUUGAAAUUGCACUAAAAACCACACAUUAAUUUUCCCAUUAAAUUGUAAAAAGAACAAAACUUGGAGAAAAGUUAACUAUCUUCGCAAACAAGUAUUUCAACUUUUAAGGAUGUAAAGCAACUGAUACUUAAUAAAGAACUAAUUGUUAAAAUCUUUGCCUCUGUCACGCUUAUUUCUGUUUCACCUAAAAGGUCUCAUCC